CCUUUGUUGAAUCAGAAUAUAUACCCGCAAUUUUUCUGACUUUGAACCUCGCUUCCCUAGUCAGACGAGUGUGCGUGUUUAUGGAAUUCAACCUCCCGCUAGCACAAGUAUUUUCUAGAAAGCCAUGACGUCGGAAAAUAGGCCCGGUAACGUUGCCCACCAUGGAGACACAUCCACUUCCCAGAACGUCCCACAGCGGCGAGAGUCGAACUCAUAUACGCCGCCCGCGACCGCUGUCCAGCAGGAUGUGUUUCCGGACUCCACCGGCUCUACCACAGAGCCAUUAUCGCUGCCUGAGCAUUCGUCUACAGGCAUACAGUCGCAUAACCGAAGCAGAUCACGAUCGAGGUCAAACUCCCGUAAACUCUCAAUAGGACGGUUUUUCAGUUUUGGACAGGACUCUGCGCCAGCAAAGACCUACGUGCCUGAGCAAAUGUCAACUCCAGCUAUUGACGAUUCGUCCGCCAACCAUAUCCAAACUCCACCAACAACGAGCGACGAGGCACAUCAGGAUUAUUUUAAUCUGAAUAUCUCCCACGGAGAGCUAGACGAUGAUGAGAUUAUAAAGAACAGCGCACUUACCAAAAUCAAAAAGAUUUUCCGUCUCAACUCCAUCGCCGACCACGAAGACUUGCAUCCUGCUCAGGAAGGAACGGUAGUAGAAAAUGAAGAGGAAGAACGUCAAGAAAGCAACGGCAACUCGCUCAUGAAGAAAUUUCGCCGCAUAAGGUCGCCCUCCAGCCCAGUUCAGCCGUAUUCUGUGCCGUCCAUCUCACUCACCGCGGCCUCCGAAGAAUGCGAUAUUGCAGAACAGGACUACAUCAACCCUGUUGACGAUUUUCAGGUCAAAUUGAAGCACGAUUAUUCUGUGAAUAACUCGACAACUACACUGUACAACGGAUCCACAGAGGAGGAAGUGAGCGAGCCGCCUGACAAGGAGCCACAGGAACCAAAGGAGUUCAAGGAGCCGACUCCUCCAAGUUCGAAAUCCCUGUCGAUCCAGAAAAAGCUGAAACGAGUUGCUUCUGCCCCGCUUGGACUCAAACAGCUCGUUGAUACCAAUCCAGCUCCUGCUUCUGCCCCUGAGAUAAACGACAUAUCGAAACACAUAGGUGAGAUCAAGGUCACGAACUCCAGCGGUUCCAGGUCACCAGGAAGUUUCGGAAGAAACUAUUCGAGCACAGGAGUAAAAGUGUCCAAUGUAGAAGUGACACCGCAGUCAUUCGAGAAGCUCAAGCUUCUGGGUAAAGGAGAUGUUGGAAAAGUCUAUCUGGUGAGAGAAAAGUCAAACAAAAAAUUAUAUGCGAUGAAGAUUCUGAACAAGAAGGAAAUGGUUGAGCGUAAUAAGAUCAAAAGGGUACUAGCAGAACAGGAAAUAUUGGCAACGGCAUGCCAUCCAUUCAUAGUUACGCUAUAUCAUUCAUUCCAGUCAGAAGACCAUCUUUAUUUGUGCAUGGAAUAUUGUAUGGGAGGAGAGUUCUUCAGAGCACUUCAGACGCGCAAAAUGAAAUGCAUCUCCGAGGCAGAUGCUAGGUUUUAUGCUUCUGAAGUUGUUGCUGCGUUGGAGUAUUUGCAUUUGAUGGGAUUUAUCUACAGAGACCUAAAACCAGAAAACAUUCUUUUGCAUCAGUCGGGACACAUCAUGUUGAGCGAUUUUGACCUGUCGAAACAAACUGAUCACAUCAAAAGACCCGAACUUGUCUCUUCGCACAAGUCGGCUACUAAUCUUCCUCAGCUGGACACAAACGCUUGCAUCAACGGCUUUAGAACUAACUCUUUUGUGGGCACUGAGGAAUACAUUGCACCUGAGGUCAUUUGGGGCAAAGGACACACUGCUGCUGUUGACUGGUGGACUCUGGGAAUAUUCAUUUACGAAAUGAUUUAUGGUAUUACGCCGUUCAAAGGUUCUACUCGAAACCAGACGUUCUCUAACAUUCUGAAAAAUGAGGUUCAGUUUCCUGACUACAACUCUGUUUCUAGCAACUGUCGCAAUUUGAUAAAGAAACUCCUUAUCAAGGAUGAGACGAAGCGGUUGGGCUCCCGUAGUGGAGCAUCGGAGAUUAAAACACACGCAUUUUUCAAGAACGUUCAAUGGGCUCUUCUGAGGAACCAGAAACCACCAAUGAUCCCUGUGUUCACGCAAAAGAAGAGCCGUCGCGACAAGGAGGGUAAGACAACGCAGGGCUCUAUUGGCACAUUGAAAUCGAAGCGCAAGACUUCCUCGUCUCCAGCACAUUCAAGCAAUACCCCAGACCCAUUUGAGAACUUUAGUUCGGUUACGAUUCAUCAUAAUGACGAUAGCAAUGUGAUGCGGUUUGAAGGCACAGAGUUGGGAGAUAUAUCGUACACGCUUACAAAGCCCGACAAUGUCAGCAGCAGACGGUUCCUGAAAAUGUGAUCACACCAGAUCUUGUGCCAGUUCCAGCAGCUUGGCAUAAUCUUUAUUUUCUAUGAGAGUGCGAAAGUUGUGUGCCAGACUCAGUGCCUCCUUGAGUCUCCAGUCAUUUUCGAACCUGACUGAGUUCUGAUGUGCGGAUUCAAGAACAGGUUUAGGCAGUCCUGCCAACUUUGCACAAUUGAUACCGUAUGAACGAUCAGAGCAUCCUGCGGAUAGCUUAUAUGUGAAGACGAUGUCUUCAUCCACUUUUUGGAUGCCCAUAUGGUAACUUUUCACCUCUUUGAACCUCUCAAACGACCUCAGGUUCUGAUAGUGUGUAAUGAAUAGUACAAACGGCGACCUAUCUGUAACAAGGUACCGCAGAAUGGAAUGCGCUAUGGCGAAGCCGUCCAUGGUACUGGUUCCGCGGCCCACUUCGUCCAUCAGAACCAGCGACCGUGGUCCGCACUCUUUCAAAAUGGUGCUGCAUUCCUUCAGCUCCACCUGAAACGUAGACUCUCCCUUGAUAAUAUCGUCUUGUGCGCCCAUUCGGGUGUGGAUCGAGUCGAAAAUGCUCAGCUUGGACCCGGAGUCCGCAGGUAUGUAGCAGCCUAUCUGUGCCAUGACCACAAGCAGUGCGAUCUGGCGGAUGAAAGACGACUUUCCUCCCAUAUUCGGACCUGUGAUCAAGGCUAUUCUGCCUUCUGAGUGCGACAUCUUGAAAUCGUUGGGAAUGUAACGAGUUGAUGUCUUGAGGUUUUCCGAAAUUGGGUUGCGAGAGUUUUUCACAUCAAUGCACGGAGAGUCCACAAACACAGGUUUUGUAUAGCCUUCGUUGAGCGAGGAGGCGGCACUCAGGGAAAUUAGUGAGUCUAGAACAGCGAGAUGUCGAAUAGUUUUGUUCAAGUCGAGAUAGUAUUCGUCGAUUCUUUUGACAAACUUGGUGAAGCAGUCGUUGCACUCUUUCUGGAGCAUCUCUGAGUGGUACUGGAUCUGUCUGUAGAGUGCGGCUCCCGAAGGAGUUCUGAACCGCGACACAGACUUGGUGCCGUUGAUUUUAAGCCAGUCUUUCGGCAGGCUGGCAACCUGAGUGUUGCGCACCUCCACCAAAUACGGCUCCUUGUUGUUGGUCACAUAGCCCAUGCCUGGACGGCCAACGAUUUUACGGAUUUCCUUGAGUUCGGCUUCCAGCUGCUGCUCCACCUGAGAAAUGUUCUCCAGAUGCUGUUGGAUCAGGUGGUAAUCAAAGAAGCUGGUGUUGAAAUAGCCGGUCACGUGCUCGGGGCUCGUGUCGUCGAUGGCUGCUGGCGAGUGGACCAUGUCCAGCAAAUUCCUGAAGUCUUUGAGCCCAGAGGAGGCUGAAGUUUUGAGAUCAUCGAAUAUCUCCCGUAGAGACGGGUUGGUCUGCACAGAGGUAGCAUAGGUGUCUGGGAGGUCUCCGUAGAACUGGAGAAUCUCGUUCAUUUUUUUGAGAAACAUAUAAGUGUCCUUGCGUUUGGACCGGCCGUAGUGGAUACGACUGAGCGCCGCCUCCAGGUCCGGACAAUUGCGCAAAAGCUUGACGGUCGACUCGAUGGCCACGGACUGGUAGUUUUUCAUAAUGCUCUCCACGGAGUCUGCUCUCUUGGCCACCUCUUCUCUGUCCGUCAAUGGCCUGCCGAUCCAUCGUCUUAGCUCUCUGCGUCCGAACUGGGUAUUUGUAUGGUCCAGCAUCCACAGCAGAGAGCCGUACUCCUGGCCAUUGGUGCUGUUU